GUUAGAUCACUCUCACUCCACACUGGUUUCAGUGCAAUGUCGCACUCUAUAAACGCUCACUGAAUAAACGGAUGUUGAUGAAGAACCGCAAAUGCAGGACCCUUUCUUGAUCUGCCUUGCAAUUCCUCACGCACAUUCGGAUUGCAGAUCACAGUGAGCCCAUGCAUCAGAGAGGGAGAGUGAACAACCGCAUAUCCAGGACCUUUUCUCGAUCUCGCCUUGCAAUUGAGGGCCAUUAGCUGCGCUUUCUUCUCAUCAUUCGCAACUGCCCGACCGCGUUUCAAUUUUCUCUGGGAUCUGCUCAAUCGAUCUCCAAAGCGUCAAAUCUUCAACCUUUGAUCUGUAACCAUGGCUGGCGUUCCGCAAGGACAAGAGCGAGAGAUCCAGAAGAAAUACUGGCUUGAGCACUCCUCUGAUCUCACUGUGGAGGCCAUGAUGCUCGACUCUAAGGCUGCUGAUCUCGACAAAGAAGAAAGACCUGAAGUGCUCUCACUCCUCCCGCCAUAUGAUGGAAAAUCAGUGUUGGAGCUAGGUGCUGGAAUUGGGCGAUUCACUGGAGAGUUGGCCAAAAAAGCAGGCCAACUUAUUGCAUUGGACUUCAUUGAAAGUGCAAUCAAGAAGAAUGAAGCCACCAACGGGCACCAUAAAAAUGUCAAGUUUAUGUGUGCUGAUGUGACCUCUCCAGAGCUGAAUUUCACCGACGAGUCACUGGACUUGAUAUUUUCAAACUGGUUACUGAUGUAUCUUUCUGACAGUGAGGUUGUGAAUCUAGUAGAGAGAAUGGUCAAAUGGUUGAAAGUUGGUGGGUAUAUUUAUUUCAGAGAGUCAUGCUUCCAUCAAUCUGGAGACCACAAGAGAAAAAAUAAUCCAACUCAUUAUCGAGAACCUAGAUAUUAUACCAAGAUUUUCAAAGAAUGCCAUUUGAAUGCUGCCAAAGGGAAAUCAUUUGAACUCUCCCUUAUUGGGUGCAAGUGUAUAGGAGCUUAUGUGCGAAACAAGAAGAAUCAGAAUCAGAUUUGUUGGACAUGGCAGAAAGUUAGUUCAGAAGAUGACAGGGGAUUCCAAAAGUUCUUGGACACUGUCCAAUAUAAGUGCAGUGGCAUUUUACGAUAUGAACGAGUCUUUGGGCAAGGCUUUGUGAGCACGGGAGGGCUUGAAACAACUAAAGAAUUUGUCGCCAAAUUGAAUCUCCAGCCUGGACAAAAAGUCCUUGAUGUUGGCUGUGGCAUUGGUGGAGGUGACUUCUACAUGGCUGAGAAGUAUGAUGUUCAUGUUGUUGGCAUUGACCUCUCUAUCAAUAUGAUCUCUUUCGCUCUUGAGCGUGCUAUUGGUCUCAAAUGUGCUGUUGAAUUCGAGGUUGCUGAUUGCACCAAGAAAUCAUACCCUGAUGGCACAUUUGAUGUGAUAUACAGCCGUGACACCAUUCUUCACAUUCAUGACAAACCUGCCCUUUUCAAGUCCUUCUACAGCUGGCUGAAGCCAGGGGGCGUAGUCCUAAUUAGUGAUUACUGCAGAAGAGCUGGAACCCCAUCACAAGAAUUUAGUGAAUAUAUUAAGCAAAGGGGAUAUGAUUUACAUGAUGUUGAAGCAUACGGCCAGAUGCUCAGGGAUGCUGGGUUUAAAGACGUCAUUGCUGAGGAUCGAACUGUUCAGUUCAUGGAUGUACUUCAGGCGGAGUUAGGUUCCGUGGAGAAGGAAAAAGAAGCAUUUAUAGAAGACUUCUCUGAAGAAGACUACAAUGAAAUAGUGGGAGGCUGGAAGGCAAAGCUGGUCAGGAGUUCUUCCGGCGAGCAGAGGUGGGGCUUGUUUGUUGCCAAGAAGUAAUUAUGUCCCAGCUGACAUCAAUGGUCAGCAGUUUGAGUUUUUCUUGAUUGGUAUUUUAUUCGUUUCAAUAUGAUGAACCCUGUCAGUGAUCACAAAGGUUCAGUAAUUUGUUUACCAUAAUAAUGAUACUCCUCAGUCUAUGGAGGUAUGGAACUGUGGGGGGUGGUGUUUUACGAGCUGGAACGUUAUUACUGUGAUUUUUGCUUUUACUGUCCUGUUGUGUUUUAUUUUUUAUGUUGUUGCCUUCUUGGAUACAUCAUUCAGACUUCGAAGCUGUAUAAUAUUCAUUAUAGAUGCAACAUUUGUGACAAAACUCUUUCUACCGCAAAUAUUGUAUAAUGUUUCGUAUAUUUCUUCGGCAACAAAUGCUUUAUACUGACGAUUGUAUCAACAUUUGUUAUUUCAUGUGCAUUUGUUAAUAGGUAGUACUUUCAGGUC